UUAGUUUAGAUGGACGGCAACGAGAAGGAGAAGCCUCCAGACGAGGAUGGUGAUAACGGUAUGGACUGGGAGAAAUACACGCGCAAGCGUAACUUGGAUUUAUCACCAACCAAGCUGGAGCCUUCCCCCAAAAAAAUUGUAAUUGACCCGGCAGAGUCCGAAAAGCAGUCGGGUAAUACAAAUAGUGCAGUUGAGGAGCCCGGUACUAGUAGGAUGGUCGAGUCUCAUGCGAACAGUCAAAAAGAGUCAGUUGAAAUAAACAAAAGUAACUCAACUGAAUUUAACCCGCAUCUAUACAAACACCCCAGUCUAGACAGCAAAUCACGAGAGUAUGGUGCCAACGAUGAUGGACCUUUCAUAGUGCAUGUCUCUAGAGAGGCCGCCCCUUCCUCCAGUGCCACUCUAAAACCCAUAAAUGUAGGCCUUUUACUAACUCAGGCAAACGUCAAUAACAUCCAGAAGGACGGUGGCAUUAAAUCGGUGGGUCGCAACAGAGUAGCGGUCACUUUCUCCACAGCUGCGGAUGCAAAUAACUUCCUUAAGCACCCGCUUCUAGGCAAAAAUAAGUUUAUAGCUGAUAUCCCUUCAUAUCAUGUAUCUCGAAUGGGAGUGGUGCGAGGAGUUCCUUCAGACUGGACUAUGGAGGAAUUGGUCAAUGGAACGUCCCUUAGAGAAGGUAAAGGGAAGAUCCUUAAAGCUCGUCGACUUCAACGGAAGAUACUUAAAGAUGAUGGCUCCCCGUCUUGGGUUCCGACUCAAUCGGUAGUAGUAACUUUUGAGGGUCAAAGCUUGCCUGCCAAAAUUUUUGCAUACUACACCUCAUUAGUUGUGGACGUGUAUCAGCUGCCAAUAAUCCAAUGUAGGAAGUGCGCCAAAUGGAGCGACAUUCUACCGAACGACGUUGCGCCUUUAAUGGUCACACUUGCAGAGCGACUCACCUUUCAUAAUAGGUCACCAGGUCAACUUUUUACAAUGGAAUAGUCGGAGUAUCAUCCCAAAGAAACCAGAACUUACCCAGUUGAUCAAUGAUCAUGCUGUGUCCGUUGCGGCCAUCUCGGA